GCCCAGGCUGAAGGCCUGGGUAAUACCUUAGUGUUGCUAUACAAAACCCUAAAAAGAAAAACAUUUCUUUUAACUUCCUCUUCCAUCUUCAUGGGCAACAAGUUACAAGAAAUCUCAAUCUAAUCAAUUUUCAAAGGUGAUGAUGCUGUUAUUUUGAUGCUAAAUCUGCAGGGUUUGAGCUUGCAACACAAGAAGGUUAUUAGCCUCAACAUCCAUCAUUGCCUGGAGGUUAGCUUGUCUGUUCCGUACAACUACUAGCCAGCAUGGCGGCCGUAGUGCAGCUUCGGUUUUCUCCUCAGUCAAACCCACACGAUCUCGCUGGAAACUCUCAGUUCUCAACUCGAACUUCUUCUCGUCUUCCAUCACUCCCUCUUUCUAGUCCAUCUAAUAUCUCAUUCAACUCUCGUCCUCCUGCUAAUCUAUCACUAUCUUUACUGCAAUCCAAAUCUUCAAAGCGCAAAUUCUCUGUAAAUGCAGAACUGUCCGCGGACACUGGUGGGAAUAGUGGUAGUGGGAUUGGUAAUCACAACAGAGGAGGAGAUGGAAACAAUGGUGGAGGGGGGGACUCUGGUCGACGUGAUAAUGAUGGUGAUGGCAAUUCCGACAACCAAUCUUCUGCAUCUAGUUUUGGAAUUUUAGGGCUUUUACUGAAUGGUUGGAGAUCCAGAGUUGCUGCCGAUCCACAAUUCCCGUUUAAGGUUUUAAUGGAAGAAAUCGUAGGUGUGAGUGCAUGUGUUCUUGGUGAUAUGGCAUCUCGCCCUAAUUUUGGGCUUAACGAGCUGGAUUUUGUUUUCUCAACUCUUGUUGUCGGAUCAAUUUUGAAUUUCGUUCUGAUGUAUCUGUUAGCCCCAACAAUGGGUUCAGCAUCUUCAUCUCUUCCUGCCAUCUUUGCUAGCUGUCCCCAGAGCCAUAUGUUUGAACCCGGGAUGUUUACGCUUCUCGAUCGAUUUGGGACUUUUGUUUACAAAGGAGCUGUUUUUGCUGCGGUUGGGUUUGCUGCUGGACUUGUUGGAACUGCUAUUUCGAAUGGAUUGAUUCUAACGAGAAAGAAGAUGGAUCCUAAUUUUGAGACACCAAACAAGCCUCCACCUACACUUUUGAAUGCAAUGACUUGGGCGACUCAUAUGGGUUUGAGCAGUAACUUUAGAUAUCAAACUCUCAACGGGAUCGAAUUUUUGUUAGCGAAGGGUCUCCCUCCAGUUGUGUUUAAGGGCUCAGUUGUCGUCUUGAGGUGUAUGAAUAAUGUUCUUGGAGGAGUUUCUUUUGUGACUUUGGCAAGGUUGACGGGAUCUCAAAAGGUCGAAGGGAAGCCAGUUGUUAGCAUAAAAGAAGGCGUGGAGGAAGAAACAGGAACUGCCGAAGAAAAGGUUAACUUGGUGGAAGACAAAUGAAUUGUAAGUGAGUUACGUUGAUCAAGUGAAUCUCUAAUCCAGCAAAUUUUGUGAUGGGCAUCUUAAGAAUUCCAAUCAAGCCAACACUAAAUGUCUCCCUUUAGAUUUCUCCUUUUUAUUUUUAAUGUUCUGGAAUAAUACUCAGUAAGUUGAAAAAUAGUGAGGUCUAGCUUGUUAUACU